AUGGUCAAGGCAGUCGAGGAUAUCAAGUCCGGCCUUAAGGGCAUCAAGGGCGCAGGCGACGCCAUUCGCGGCACCGCCAUGGAAGCAACCGACGAGCUCUUCGACCAAGGCUCUAACCACCCGCAGACCGCGGCGUCUCAGACAAAGAACCGCGCACUGGCGGACAAGGGAAUGCAGGAGGCCAAGGCGGCGGACAGCAACAUUGGCGCACGACAUGGGCCGGGAGCAUCGACCACAACAACCACGGGUGGCCCUCGUGUUUAAAUCGGCGAGGAGUAGAUGAUGUUUGGGGGCGAUGCAUAUUGUUCAGAGGCACAGUACAUUGGGCAUACGGCGUCUGGGUUGGUGUUGAAUCCUAGACUGGGUGGUUUCGAUUCAUCUUAGAAACUACAGUAUCUUGUUUACAUUACUAGAAGAGAAAAAAGAGAGAAAGAAAACAUAUCCAAGGU